AGGAACGGAAGCCGGGAAGGAACUAGGGCGGAAGGGGACCAGGGCCGGGGUUGUGUUCGGUCCUUGGCGGGGCUGGGGUUCCGAUGUGGUCCCCGGAGCGGGAGGCCGAGAUCCCGGCCGGGAGAGACCCCGCGGGCCUACUGCCCCCCGAGUGGGAGGAGGAUGAGGAGCGCAUGUCCUUCUUGUUCUCCGCCUUCAAAAGAAGCCGCGAGGUGAACAGCACCGACUGGGACAGCAAGAUGGGCUUCUGGGCGCCGUUGGUGCUGAGCCACAGUCGCCGCCAGGGGGUGGUGCGCCUGCGUCUGCGGGACUUGCAGGAGGCCUUUCAGCGCAAGGGCAGCGUCCCGCUGGGGCUGGCCACCGUGCUGCAGGACCUGCUGCGUCGAGGGGAGCUGCAGCGGGAGUCAGACUUCAUGGCCAGUGUAGAUAGCAGCUGGAUCUCCUGGGGAGUUGGAGUUUUCCUGCUGAAGCCCCUCAAGUGGACUCUCUCCAACAUGCUGGGGGAUAAUAAGGUUCCUGCGGAGGAGGUGCUUGUGGCUGUGGAGCUGCUUAAGGAGAAGGCUGAGGAGGUGUAUCGUCUGUAUCAGAACUCCCCUCUCUCUUCCCACCCUGUGGUGGCCCUGUCGGAGCUGAGCAACCUCUGUGCAGGCUCCUUCCCAGAUGAGAGGACCUUCUACUUGGUGUUGCUGCAGCUGCAGAAGGAGAAGAGAGUCACAGUCCUCGAGCAGAACGGGGAAAAGAUUGUGAAGUUUGCCCGGGGGCCACAUGCCAAGGUCUCACCUGUCAACGACGUAGAUGUUGGGGUGUACCAGCUGAUGCAGAGUGAACAGCUGCUCUCGCGCAAAGUGGAGUCCUUGUCCCAGGAAGCAGAGAGGUGUAAAGAAGAAGCCCGCCGGGCGUGCAGAGCAGGAAAGAAGCAGCUGGCACUGAGGUCUCUCAAGGCCAAACAACGGACGGAAAAGCGCAUUGAGGCCCUGCAUGCCAAGCUGGACACUGUUCAAGGCAUCCUGGACCGAAUCUAUGCCUCCCAGACAGAUCAGAUGGUUUUCAAUGCCUAUCAGGCUGGGGUAGGAGCACUAAAACUCUCCAUGAAGGAUGUCACAGUGGAGAAGGCAGAGAGUCUUGUGGAUCAGAUCCAAGAGAUUUCGACAAUGAGGAACUGGAGAAGGAAUUGGACAUCCUUCUUCAGGAUACCACCAAAGAACCUUUGGAUCUGCCUGAUAACCCCCCUGAGACGUUUCAUACCAACAGUGUGCCUAACCCUAGGAUCUCGGACGCUGAACUUGAAGCUGAACUUGAGAAACUGUCCUUAUCAGAGGGAGGUUUGGCCCCAAGCAGUAAAUCUCCGAAAAGGCAAUUGGAACCGACUCUCUAAAGCCAUUGUAGGACCCUCAAUUGAAGGACCCUCAUGUAAAAGAGAGACCAGGCUUGUGUUUGUGUACAUAGUUAUUUAAAUGAGAAACUUUCAAAACUUGUUGAAGAGGAGGAAGGAGAACCACUCUGAUUUAUCUGGAUGCUACCACUAUCAGCAGGACAGAUACAACUUUCUGGAAGCGUGCUCCUCAGGCUUGCUCCCAGCUGGUAUCAUGGACCUGCCUUCUCAUCUUUAUAGUGCCACAAUUUAUACAGUCCUGUGUGUGACCCGUCGUCUCUCAUAGCCUGCAGUUCUUGCCAUUGGCUCAGUUAGGUUUGUCUUCACCCACCAGCUUUGUUCCAGCCAAUGAAGGUGAAAGAUUUGCAGCUUUGCCAAAUCAAAGUCAGUCCUCCUCCCUUAGCCCCACUGGUUUUUAGAGACAUUUAUUCUGUCUGUGAGGUCAGUUAGACAACUUGUUCCGGUCCUACUCUAGUUGCAUUGGUAAAAAAGAAGAAUGAAAAUUAAACAGCUGCCACUUUAUGGAGAAACACACAACAUAAGCUCUAGGGUCAUUCUCAAAUUCUCCAGGUAUUCAGAAAAAGAGGUCGCCCCUAGGUGUCUGGGAGUCCUCACAACUGGUGGCGGGGCUUGUGUGGUUGCUGGAUGCUACAGUCUCUUCCAUCUUAUGCAGAAGAAGACCUGACUGGAAAAAGAGUUAUUCCUGAUCUUUUGAACUUGAACGGAAAAGCCCAGGUGACGUCAGGGCCCCAAGUGUCAGAACCCCGUAUGAUUUUUUAGAAAGGCACAAUCUUUGCCUUGCCCCCAUCAUGGAAUAACUUAAAUCUUUGUAUCAAAACAAGCCACACAACAACACACCUCCCCUUGAGCCUGGCACACAACAAUGGCUUCCUUGUUUGAAUUUCAAAAGCAUUUUACUUUUUCAGUGUCGCCCACUGACAGGGCAGGGAACCAAGCCAGGCUGUGCAAUAGAAGCAGAAGAGGUGGCCUUCUGCCAUGUCUGCUGUGUGCUUCCCUGUCCUGCUCUCACCUGUCCUGCCUCCUGAGCCCUGCCUCCCUGCCCCCUUUGGUGAACUGGGGAGGGUGGCAUGGGGGACAGACAGAAAUGGGUCUGAAUGCUCUGGCAAUGGGGAGAAGCAAAGGCAUCAGCCACGCUGCACCUCUGCUGCCCCAGUACAAAUGUUCCAGCCUGGGGCCCCUGUCCUUCCUGCUUGAGGGGGUGUAGAGCAGAGGAGGAAUUUGCUCCAGGACAGGAGCAUGAAUCACUGUUCAACAAAUCUCUCUCCCGCUUUCCCUUGGUAAACUGAAAUAUUGGGGUGAAGAGAAACAAUCACUAUUUUUUCUUUUUUAUCUGGUAAAAGAAUUAAAAGAAAAAAACC